AUGUCGCAAGCCACAGCUUUCGAAGACCAAUACUUAGACAUCGACCGGGCAGUGAAGACAUUCCGCAGAUACCAGAUUGCGCACGGAUUCGUUGCAGGAGCACAGCCACAGAUGCCUCCUCAGCCACAGCAGCAGUUGCAACAACGUUGUUUGCACCAGAAUAAUUUCAGCGUUGGCAACUGUCACAAUUACCAGCGGGGGAACAACACGGCAGAGUUAUGCCAACGGGGAUACCAGCGGGCAUUCCAGCGGGCUGUUCCGGCUGUUCCGGUGGCACAGGCGCAGAAUUACUACUCUGAGACCAGGUACCAGCUGCAAAUGCAGCUUCAACUGCAGCAGAAGCAGCAGCAGGAGGCCGAAAACAUGCUGAAUCGGCAGUAUUUCGGCAACGGCGUCUAUUCACAGACUCCGGGUGGGCAUUUUACUGCAAAUGGCACCCCUGCACCUGCUCUGCAGACCAAUGAGACAUUUUUGGCGAAUCAAAUGGGCCAGAUGGCACCUCAAAUGCCGCAGUUGCUCAAAACGUCGAGCGGCGGGUCGUUCUCGUCGAAUUCGUCGUCUUCAGCUGUUUUUUCUUCCGAUGCCAACUCCUUGAGAUCCAGCUCUCCCUUAAGUCUCGAAUUGCUUAGGGAGAUCGACCCGAUUUCGUCCAAUAACUCGUCGAUUUCCUCAUCUUCGUCGGGUGCCGACCGGACGUCUUUUUUCACCAAGAACGGAAAUCCAGGCUUGCAACUUUUCGCCAACGAUGCUUCCUGCCCUGGAUCGAUGCUCCAGCACACUAGUUCCGGCGGAUUCUCGGGUCUACUUGCCGACGGGAAAUUGCAGGCUCCGUCUCCAUCGUCCUCCCAGACCGACGGGUCGAUCGGCCUGUUUCUGAACAGGAAUAUCUGGGGAACUAAUGCUACCACUAAUACAAAUACUUCCGUCUGGGGCUAG